CUCUACCAUUCACCUACUCCAGCACAAGCCAAGCGUGUGGGGGCGACGGUAAGGGCAGGAUGCGUCCUGUGGAUCCUAUCUGGAUCGUGUCGUGGAAUCCUCGUCUUUCAUCGACACGAAACUACUUCGAGCGACCUACGACGCGUGUGUCGAGGCGUUGCCCACUGCCGGCAUGAACCCUUCGGCGUUGAUUCAGAUGGUCAACGUGCUGUCUCUCACGCUGGCUCAACUGGCUGGGUCACUGGUCCAGGCCUCGAAGGAUAUUGAUAGUUUGUUAGAGGAAGUCUGGACGGCGUACAACGACAGCAAGGCCAAGCCUGACGCGCUCACUCGAGCUGUCGUGACGUGUAUGUUCCAGCCAGUAUUCCUGCUGCGAGCUGAGCUGACUUCGACGAUGAAGCUCUGGCUGGCAGGGUUUAUCCGCUUUGGCUCGAGACACAGACCCAAUGUGGUCUUCCACUUGGCGUGUCGCUUAUGUCAAACGUGGCGUGCACACCCAGUGUCGGCUCUGUCCUUUGUAGACGAGCUGGUGGAGCUGCUGCUGUAUAAGGAACCUUUGAUCGACGAGAAGGAGCAGCUGGCAACGGAUGCGGGUGCUCCAUUCCAAGGAUUCCAAGGCUAUUCUCCUCUCGAUGGCAACCUAUGA